AUGCAGUCGAAUGAUAUCAUGAAAGAGUUGAUCAAACACCUGGAAGAUUUGAAACUAUUAACAACGGAUGCUCAACUACACAAGGCUGAUGAAAUAUGGUAUAAACUGCUUGACUUGAUAAUGGAGUUGAAACAACAAGACUACAUGCAGCACUUACAGAGUAUUGAACUGCAAGAUAUCAUAACCAAGUAUUUGGAGUAUAAUCGACCCAGUUUACAGAUCAAAGUAAUGGAGUUUACUACAGUGUUUUUGGGUAUUUUAUACAGUGAUUAUCGGUUUAAAGCGAUGAAAGCAUGCACAGAGUUGUUCGGUUAUGGACGCUGGAGUGAGGAGUGUAAACUUGACAUCAAGCCAAUGGUUGAGAUUAUUGUUCACGAGUCCGAUCAAGAAAUGCUCGAAUUGGCAAUUGGCCUGUUUUUGAAAGUUUACCAUAAUAUUGACGAUGAAAAUUUUGGCAUCGUGUUGUCAAUACUUGUUUCACGACUGGAAUCAUCCAGUGGUUCAGUUGCUGUUGGUUUUAUCAAAAAUCUUAAAACCAUGUAUCGGAAUAUUCAUCGUGAUAACCCAGUAAAAGCAGCAGAAUGUGGCAUCAUUCCAGCAAUAGUCAAUACGCUCAGGAGUGUCGAUCAAGAAGUGAUUUAUGAAAGCAUUGAUACUAUUGAUAGUUUUUGCAACUAUGCAGGUUGUGAAGUGAUUUCAGCCGAGUUGAUAAGGCUGGAUUUGAUUCAAACACUGAACGACUUGUGUAUCAGAUACAGCGACAACUUUGCAUUAAAACCACGCAUGAUCUGGAUAGCUGGAACAGUUGCAUCCAAUAUGCGCGACUUUCCUGUAUCGCUUGCACGGUCGUUGGUUUUGAGCAAUUGA